GACAGACUUGUUCUUCUGACAUUAAUUGAGAUGAGUGUAGAGACUGGGCUGAGGGGAGGUGGAAAACUGAAUUCUCAUUUAGCAAAGCUGAAAAGAGAUAGAGAGAGGAAGGUGGCUGCCAAACCUAAGACCCUUGGAGCAGUUGCAGAAGGCCCUACCAUCACAUACCCAGCUGGGACAUCAUUUCCCAAAGAUCUUCCUCCCCGAAAAGGUGGUGUUCCUUUAUUUUUAGCAGAGAAAAUGAGGCUGUUUCAGAGUGCCUCUCCCAUCCCUAUCCACUUGAAAGGAGGUCCAACUGAUAAGGUUCUCUUUGCAUCAACUGUGGUUCUUUGUGCAAUUGGUUUAACAGGAUGUUUAAGCUUUUUCUACGAUAUGUCUUUCACAAAGAAAGCCGAUGAUUAAGCUACCAUGCGACUUUUCAAGAAUAGUACACAACUUUAGUCUCUCUCUCUCUCUCUCUCUCUCUCUCUCUCUCUCUCUCUCUCUCUCUCUCUCUCUCUCUCUCUCUCUCUCUCUCCAAAAAAAUUAGUUUUUUUUUCAGUGGCAACAUGUUAGCCAGAUUGAGACAGGAAAACAAUCUCUUGGUUGUGUAAAUGACUUAUGUGUAAAUAUAUGAUAAAUGUACCCUUUUUAAAUAAAUGUGUUAAGAAUU